UUUUCUUCAAUUUUAGAUAUAAAAUGACUUCUAUAAUAAAAUUGGAGGCUCUUUCCGGUGUUCAAGACGAUGGUCCUUUAUGUGGAUCAAGUUUAUAUUCUGUUGGAUUGCGGCUGGGAUGAACAUUUUGAUUUGGCCUACAUUGAGUCAAUAAAAAUGCGUAUACCUCAAAUAAAUGCUCUACUGAUCAGUUAUGGUGAUGUGCCACAUAUUGGAGCAUUUCCUUAUUUGGUCAAAUGUGGUCUCAAUUGCCCCAUUUAUGCUACUGUUCCAGUCUAUAAGAUGGGUCAGCUCUUUCUCUAUGACUGGUUAAAUGGUCAUUCCAAUGUCAAACCUUUCAAUUUGUUUUCUUUCGAUGAUAUUGACCAUGCCUUUGAAAAAGUUCAGCAAAUUUUAUUAAAAGGCGACAAUGGUUUACAAAUUACUCCUUUCCCCGCUGGUCAUCAUAUCGGAGGGGCAAUUUGGCGAAUUACUAAAAUGGGGGAGGAAGAGAUUGUUUAUGCCGUUGAUUUCAAUCAUAAAAAGGAGCGACAUUUGAAUGGGUGUACUUUUGAUGGUAUUGGAAGGCCUAAUUUGUUAAUUACGGAUGCCUUUAAUGCUUUAUACAAUCAACCAAAGCAAAAACAACGUGAUGAAAAUUUGGUGUCUAAAUUGCUUUCUACUGUUCGGGAUGGUGGAGACGUUAUGAUUGUUAUAGACACUGCUGGACGUGUUUUAGAAAUUGCACAUUUGCUUGAUCAACUAUGGCAAAACAAAGAAGCAGGCUUGAUGACUUAUAAUUUGGUUAUGUUAAGUGCUGUAGCGUCUUCAGUUAUUGAAUCAGCAAAAUCGCAAGUUGAAUGGAUGUCUGAUAAAAUUUUGAGAAUGUUUGAAAUGGGAAGGCAAAAUCCUUUUCAAUUGAAGCAUGUUCGUUUUUGUCAUACGCUAAUGGAUUUGAAUCGUGUUAGAUCUCCAAAGGUUGUUUUAGUCAGCGGAUUGGACAUGGAAAGCGGGUUUUCACGGGAACUUUUUCUUGAAUGGAGUACUGAUACAAAAAAUAUGGUUAUUGUUACAGGAAGAGCUGGCGAUAGAACUUUGUGCUCAAAAUUAAUAAGAAUAGCUGAAUCUCGUGAAAAGAAGCGUGCAACAAAUAAUACUGUUACUCUAGAAGUGAAAAGACGUGUGCGUUUGGAAGGUGCUGAAUUGGAGCAAUACAUGGCUAAAAAGAGAGAAAGGGAGCAAGAAGAUGCUAAACAAAGGUUAGAAACUCUACGACGAAAUGCACGGUUAGAGAACGUCGAAUCUUCAGAAGAAUCGGAAGACGAAGAAACCUUGGCAGCGUCUGUAUUAGCUCUUACACAAGGUGGAAAAAAACCUGCGCCUAACAAUGCUAAUCUCAAGCAAUUAGAAGAGCAACGUCGUAAUUCAAUAGUAGCACAAAAACAGCCUAAAGGAAUUUCUGGAACAAAUAGUUUAGUGAAUACAUCCAACAAUUAUGAUAUUAUGUGGAGGUUUGAAAUGAAUCAACGUGUUUCUUUUUUCAAACAGAACAAGAAGCAAUUUCCAAUGUUUCCAUAUCAAGAAGAAAAAUCUAGAUGGGAUGAUUAUGGCGAAGUUAUUCGUCCUGAAGAAUACAUGACUGCUGAAACUACGACUACCACAAAUACUUCUACUAGCCCUACAAUAAAUCCUAAAACUGAAAAAGAAGAUGAUGAUGUUGCUGAUGCAAAAAUGGAACGUCAAAGAAUACAACAAAUAAUUGAAGAAUGGCCUAAAAAAUGUGUUUGUUUUAUUACUAAAAUUGAGAUUCUAUGCAAAGUUGAAUUUAUCGAUUUUGAAGGACGUUCUGAUGGGGAAUCAAUAAAAAAGAUUUUGAGUCAAAUAAAGCCUAAACAAUUGGUUAUUGUUCACGGAUCUGCUCCAGCUACUCGCCAUUUAGCCGAAUAUUGUCGUCAAAAUAAUGUGGUACAAGGCAAAAUAUUUACCCCAAUGAUGGGUGAUGUGGUUGAUGCUACUAUUGAAUCUCACAUCUUUCAAGUAACUUUAAGUGAUCAGUUGAUGUCUUCGCUGCUUUUUCAAACGGUUAAAGAUGCAGAAUUAAGUUGGUUAGAUGCUAGGAUAAUACGAAAAUCGGCUUUGGUCCCCGCUGCAUUAGAAAAAUUAGAUGAAGAUGUAGAAGCAAUAAAUGUUAUAGAAGAGGAAAAAGAAGUUGAAAAUAUAAAUGAGGAAGAAAGAAUGGAAAUUGAAACUAGAAAAGAAGGAGAAAACGAAGAACCUAUGGAACAAGACAAUGAAAAAAUUGAUGAAGAGAAUCUAGAAAAAAGGGAAGAGAAAAUUGGUCAACCUGGAGAUGGUGAACAACAAGAUGGUGUUGAAGCUGAGAAAGAAGCCACUACUCCCCCUCAACAAAAAACAACAACAGUUCCAGUCCCAGACCAACUUUUCCUCGAAUUACUUUCCUCUAGUGGAAUUCCACCACAUCAAUCUGUAUUUGUUAACGACCCAAAAUUAACCGAUUUAAAACAACUUUUGGCUUCUAGUGGGUUCCAUGCAGAAUUUCAUUCAGGAGUCCUUUAUGUUAACAACAUUGCUAAUGUUAGGAGAAAUGAGGCGGGAAGAUUUCAUGUUGAGGGAUAUGCUUGUGCUGAUUAUUAUAAAAUUAGGGAGAUAAUUUAUUCACAGUUUGCUAUUGUUUAA